AUGGAAGCCUUUUUCAAGUCAGAAGCGUUCAGAAAAAUACUGUCCACUGCAGUAAAUGUUGCCGUCGAAACGGCAAUCAAAUGUUUUAAAAACGAAUUUGUGGAGUUAAUUGACUCUAGAAUCAAUGUGCUUGAAGAUAUGAACAAAUGUUUGCAAGAAGAUCUCAACAAGUUGAAUCGAAGGCUGGACGAAGUACAGAACAAAGCUAACGAUAACGAGCAGUAUUCUCGGCGAAAUAACUUACAAAUCUACAGUAUCACUGAGAAACAAAUCGAGAAUUGCUAUGACGAAGUCACAAAGUUUUGCAAAGAAGAAUUGCCUUUUCUGAAACUUGGCUUAAUGCAAAUAUUGACAGCAAUUUAA